AAUGACUUCUACCAUUGAUUAACUGGCCUAUUACAAUUCCCAUGUCUUAUUAUUUUGACAAAAUGUUGCUUACAAAACAAAAUGGUCCUUGAAGAUCUGUUUUCUUUAAGCGUAACACAUUGUGUAUCCUUUGCCCGACUUAUUUUUGUAUUGUAAUUUCAGUACUCAAACAUCAUUCGCUUAUCAAGUUAUUGUAUUUUUUUAUUGUUCUUUCUCACUCACUCUCUCUCUCUUUUGUUUCUUUUCAUUCUCCCCCUUUCUCUCCUUCCUUAGCCACUUUCCAGUCCUUUUAUUGCUCACUUUACUUUUUGCUGAAUCUCAAGAUGACCAUCUCAAACCUAGUCUUUAUUGCUGCAUUAGCGGCCAAUGUAAAUGCUUUGUGGAUGCCUGAAAAAAGAGCUGAAUCAACCACACACACUGCCACUAAAACUGAGAAGGAAGCAGCGACUAAAAAAGCAACUUCUACAUCGAAUAAACAAGAAACUACACAUAAGGCAACGACACAUAAAGCAUCCAGUGCAAAAGGAACUAAUAAAAGCUCUGUAGUAGCGAGCAGUAGCGCCAAUGCUAUCCUUACUACUAUUGCUACUACUACUGCUACUCCUACUACUACUUUAGUUACAAGUUCUGCUUCUAUUCAUUCUAGUACAGAAGCUCUACCUUCAUCUACAGCAACAUCAGCAGUCGGAGCAGCAGCUAAUAAUACUUCGUCAUCAUCAUCCUCUUCUUCGGGUGGUUUAAUCGGCGGCAUCAUUGCUGCCAUUGCUGUCGUUAUUCUCGGCGCAGCUGCAUUUCUUGUAGCCAGAAAAAAGAAAAAAGCACGUCAACUCGCUCAUAAAGCCAUCAAAUCUGAUCCAUUCACCAUGGGAUUCGGCAACCAUGAUCCACUCCCAUCAAAGCAACAAGAAAACAAUUUCCCUCCUUCCUCUGCUUAUGAGUCUAAAAUGAAUAUUUCCUUUCCAACUCCUCCAACUACUGUCACUUCGCCUACACCAAAUAUACCUAUUAUUGGUAAAUUUGUUGUAGUUGCUACUUUUGUACCCACUUUAAGUGAUGAACUGGAUAUUGAACCAGGUGAUCAAAUUGAUUUGUUAGUUGAAUAUGAUGAUGGUUGGUGCCAAGGUAUCAACGUAACAAGAGGAAAUCAAAAAGGUGUCUUUCCUCGACAUUGCAUUGAUUUUAUGACUGUACAACCACCUCAUCGUGGUGCAGUGGCAGAUGUUGAACGAUCAAAACGAGUCAGUUCUAUGUAUCCUCUUCAAUAAAACUUGUUUUGUAUUUUCCCUCGGAAUGACAAAAGAUUGCGAAAUAAUUGACGCAAUUCCUUGCAGGAAAAACUAGUCAUGUGCAACGUUGAAAGCAAGCUGUAUCUUGGUCUUUUUCGUUAAAAAAUGACUCGAGAAAUUCUUAAAAGACAAAGUAAAAGAAAGGCCUUAUUAUAGAUGUACGUGUGUUGUAUAAAAAUGUCGUUGUUUGUUGUUAUUAACAAAUACAACGAUUUGACGGAGUUUACCACGACAAGCACUCGUUUGACGGUUGUUUCAAUAGACGC